AUGAGAGAAAUCGAGUCUCGGCCUCAGCAAGCGCCAGUGGACGGGCAAGGUGACAAUGACGAGGAUGAAGAGAAGGAAGUGACUGAACAGAUUGCAGAGAAAACAUUAUCGGAUAAUUCCUAUCACAACGACGAUCCGGUUUUUGUCAAAAAUUCAGGCAGAGCAUUACCAUACUAUGCCGCACCUUAUGAGAUAACAUACAAAAGCUCUCUGUCAUUACGAGCUUCAAAUUAUCUCAACUUCCAAAUGCAAACGAAAUACCUGCGAUUAGUGCAUUCUCAGGCGCCCCCGAUCCACCCGGCGGACCCGGCGCGUCUCGAGCGUCUGCCCGCCAACCGGGCCGAUCGAAUUUUGAAUUCAACGAUAUAUAAGAGUUGGUCGGAUCUCAAAGGACUUGCUGUUCUCCACCUUCACGGAACAGCCAAUGUCUCUGACAUAUCCCAGGCCGUGGUAGAACGUUUGAAUGAAGCGUCCGGGUCAUCAAAAAAGGGACGAAAAGGUACUUUGUACUUCCAAUUCAGAAAAGAUGACCCACGCUUCUGCAACUUGCAAGCCAUGCUUGCCUUUCUUCUGAGUGCUAAGAUGAACCGACGGGACAGUACAGACGAGUUGGGGGAGCCGAAUGAGCUAGAAAGAGCGUACCACUUUCGCGGUUGGAGUCUAGAUGAUCAACUUGAUGUGCUUGCUCUCCGCACAUGGAGUUUAUCGAACAGCGAACCAUUCAUGAUUAGCCGUCUAGAUGACUGGAUCAUAACAAGCCAAGGCGAUCUGAGCUUAGGAGAUGGGAUUAGUCAGUUAUCUUCGCUAAACUUAGAUACACUUGACGACAGUACAGCGGCAGAUGCUAGGAUCUCAUCAGAUACUGGGACAGAACCCGGCACUCCCGGUAUUAUCGAUUGCAACCUGAACCUUACGAAAGAUGCACAAGAUUUGUUAUAUUGUGUUCAAUACGCUAUCCGGCCGAUGUCCGUGGAAGAGCUGGCCAUUAUGACAUCUCUGAGGGACCAAACGAACUGGUCUAAAGACCAUCAGAGGAUACUGACGCGGGAUACCGUUGAGUCCUCGAACUCACAAGUAUACCUGAUGAAUAACGAGGUCUAUCCUCAUAAUUUACCCCUUUCGGUUGAAUCUACAACGACUAAUAAAGCUCACGGCGAUCUGACUCGACGUUGUCUACAAUACCUGCAAGAUCCCGCUGUUCAAGUAGAAAUCAAAGCCCCUUGUGAUACCUAUGACCCCGACGGCCACACACCUAUACCACUCCUUCGCCACAAUUUGAUCACUUAUGCGGUGAUGCACUGGCCACUGCAUUAUCGUCUUGCAGGCGAUUCGCAGCCAUUGAAUUAUGUGUCAGAAUUCUUCCAAGACCCUAGGAACAGAUUGGCUUGGUCAUGUGCCUAUUAUACCUUCGGAAACCCAGUGACACGAUCGCCGCGUAGUUAUUUCUCUCCGAUACCGCUUUUUUCCAUGCUAGGUCUCGAUGAUAUGCUUACGGAGUCAAUUCGUACAGAGAGUGGGUCACCCACUUUGAAUAUUGAUGCCCGGCUCGCGUUGGUCGAGGCUGCCAGGUAUGGGCAUUCCACUACUGUAAAGCUCUUAAUGGGAACAACGAUCAUAGACAACUCUACUCUUCGGGAUGCGGUUGACGCUGCCGCAUCUUUUGGACUUGGUGGAGCCCCUACAAGACUUAGUAAAUCACGCUGUUACAAUUGA